AAUUAAUAGGUGGCCGACAAAUAAUACGCCACGUCACCGGAACAAGAUAAUUUUUAUGCUACAUAGGACAACAAAUAAACUGCUGAGGUUAGGCAAGCGUACGUGUUAUGCGGAGUUUAUUUGUAAAUGGCUUGCAAUGCGAAUAUGAUGCAUAUGCUUGGGGUCUGUCGAACUGCGCGGCUAACUUCAUCUAUCGCUUUGCCUUUAGGAGCUGAUAAAAUUGGAAGAGGAUUUUAUACAUCACUAUCUAGCAGGGUUAAAUUUACAAGGAAAAUUUGCGCUUCGUUGGCACAAGCUAAACCCUCGGCCUCUGGAAUGGCAUCAACACAGAAAAAGGUUCUAGUUCCAAUUGGUUUUGGCACAGAGGAAAUGGAGGCUGUCAUUUUGAUUGAUGUUCUAAGAAGAGCGGGCUCUGAUGUGACUGUGGCAUCUGUGGAAACAGACCUGCAGAUUGAGGCUUCAAGGAGAGUAAAGCUUGUUGCAGAUAGGCCUAUAUCUGCUUGCACAGAAGAAAUGUUUGAUCUCAUUGUUUUACCAGGAGGGAUGCCAGGUUCUUCGAGACUUAGAGACUCUGAGAUUUUAGAAAACAUUACUAAAAGGCAGGCAGCAGAUGGUCGGCUUUAUGGUGCGAUAUGUGCAGCACCAGCUGUUGCCCUUGAGACGUGGGGUCUAUUGAAGGGAUUGCGGGCAACUUGUCACCCAUCAUUCAUCGACAAACUAUCUUCAUCACUAACAGUUGGAUCAAGGGUUCAGAAAGAUGGAAUAGUAACUACAAGUCGUGGUCCAGGCACAGCAAUUGAGUUUGCUCUGUCAUUUAUUGAACAACUAUAUGGAAAGGAAAAAGCUGAGGAAGUUGCAAAGCCUAUGGUCAUGUGCACUAGAGAUGGCAGUGAAGUGGUCAAACAUGAAUACAAUCCAGUGGAGUGGUCAUUUGCGAAAACUCCUGUUGUUCUUGUGCCAAUUGCUAAUGGAUCGGAGGAGAUGGAAGCUGUUAUAAUUAUUGAUGUUUUAAGGAGAGCCAACAUACAUGUGGUGGUAGCUUCAGUUGAAGAGACAUUAGAAAUAGUGGCCUCCAGAAAGGUGAAAAUUGUUGCAGAUAAGCUUAUUGAAGAAGCUGCAACAUCAGCAUAUGACUUGAUUGUUCUUCCUGGUGGAAUGCCAGGAGCUGAAAGGUUGAGCAAUACACAAUCCCUUACAAAACUUCUUAGAGAGCAAGCAGAGUCUAAGAAGGCAUAUGGAGCAAUUUGUGCAUCUCCAGCUGUAGUAUUAGAGGCACAUGGUUUACUGAAGGAAAAGAAGGCUACUGCACAUCCAGCAUUCUCUCAAAAGCUAGCAGAUCAGAGUGCAGCAGACACACGAGUGGUGAUUGACGGGAAUUUGAUUACAAGCAGAGGGCCUGGAACUGCCAUGGAAUUUGCAUUGGCUAUUGUGGAAAAGAUUUUUGGACAGGAAAAAGCCAUUAGCAUAGCCGAGGCAAUGGUCUUCCCAUAUCCGUAGGAUUUGGACAAUAUGUCUCGUUUACUUAAUUGCAAUGCUUGAUGCACAGUUUUUGCAUUGUGUUUCAUAGCAUAUCAUUAGUAGUACACAAUUAUGCAUCUCUCUUCAUGUGUGAGGAGCCUUUAAAAUUGUGAAAAUGGUAUGCAUUCAACGAUAAUCAAUGUUUGGAUGUAAUAUCUUAGUUUCUCGUUAAUAUCAGAAUUCUAUUUAUA